AUGUUCCGAGAGCAGCCAGACGUGGGAGCGGCCCAGCUGGAAAGGAACGGAGGCCUCCCUCUCCCCAGGAGCCAGCACUACCGUGGCCAGCCCGGAAGGUGCAGUCACUGCUACAGAAGAGCUUUGGACACCCCGCUCCUGCUCCUGACUCACCGCUGUUCACUCUCACCGAGGAUCAAGUCAGUCAGGAAGCCAUGCCACAGCCAUGGCUUUUCAAGACACGGGGAGGCACCCAUGGAACCAGAGGUGGUGAUUCACCGAAUUACUAUUACUCUCGCCAGCCGCAACAUAAAAUCUUGGGAAAAGGUAUGUGCUGACUUGAUCACAGGCACAACGGAUAAGAAUCUCAAAGUGAAAGGACUGGUUCAGAUGCCUACCAAGACUCUGAGAAUCACUACAAGAAAAACUCCUUAUGGUGAAGGUUCUAAGACUUGGGAUCAUUUUCAGAUGAGGAUCCACAAGCGACUCACUGAUUUGCACAGUCCUUCUGAGAUUGUUAAGCAGAUUACUUCCAUCAGUAUUGAGCCAGAAGUUCAGGUUGAUGUCACCACUGCAGAUGCUUAA